UAAACAACAAUGUUCAUUUUGGGUAUUUAUGAGAGAAACUGUUUUCUUUUUUCCCAUGUGAGUGAUUUGCUGAACAGAGGAUAGAUCACAAUUUUGAUGGGAAAACACGAUGACGGACGCAACGUUUUCCCUAUAACCAGUCUCCAAAUCGGAGAUUUGCAGUCUUAUUUUUCUGAUCUUAGCGUUUUCCUAGCCCUUGAAAGCAACAAAUUCUACAUUUUGGUGGACAACCAACCAUGGCUUAUGGAGGACAUUGGUUCACGGCCAGCUCUCUUGUGGCAAUUGAUGGUUACCAAGUCCAGGUUAUCUCCUUUUGCUAUCAACAAAGGUCGUAGGGAGACAAAGGAGGGAAAGGAAGCUUCUUCCAGAUCAAAUGCUGAAGUUUCCAAUAAUUUUGAGACAUGGUUGUCUUCUUUUCAUGCUAAAGUAUUGUCUAGAACGAAGAAACUGGAUACCUCUUUUCUUCUUAGCAGUGACCUGCAUAGGACAUUGUAUGGCUUCAUUGUAUUUGAAGUCGCAUGGUCCAAUGUUCGAGGUAUUAACUACUACAACGAGCUUCAGACUGAUACCUCUCUGGCCAUAGAAGCAAAAUUCAUGCAAAGAUGGGAAUUUGACAACAUUGAUCAAGCAGCAAGAUGUAUGUCUUCAUGGUUCUGCGGAACAGGUUCGGAGAAGCUUUGUUUGAAAGAGCACCUGGAAUCAACAAUUGGAGAGGUCUUCUAUGAUGUCGAAGAAGAUUUUCCAAUGCUGAUCACUUUUGAUGAUGACUAUGAUGAUGGUUGUUUCAGCAUUGAGGAUAGUUUCUCCCAUGAUCGUUGUGACAAUCUCGAGAUUUGCUCUGCAACUAUGGACUUGGAAACUUUUGAGCCAUACCCCUCUGCUCCUAUUGGGCUCUAUAAUAGAAGGAAAGGCACUAAGGCAAUUAUUACUGGAGUUGACGUCUAUUGUGAUGAAACCCAAAGUGAAGCCAAAAAUUCAUUAGACGACUCCGAUGAAACUGCAGUCAAAGCUACAGAGUAUAGGGACGUUCUUAUUUUGUUCAGGUUUGAUGAUAGGGAUCUCCCAUUUAAACUAAAGCAAAUAAUAACACCUGACCUGAGGUUACUUCGUUUGUUAGAGGCUGGUCUCCCAUCUUGGGCCCUUUUUCUUCAAUCAUAUCCUGGCUUUUGCCAUAUCUAUCGCCCAUGGAUGUGCCCUCUGGCCAGAGCUCUAUAUGUUUUGAUUUCAAUCAUUACUGUUCUAAUAGGAUUUUUUGACCUAUACAAAAAUGUCCCUCUUCUUAAGGCAGCUGCGUCUCAUUUAUGUGGACCACUUCUUGAUUGGAUUGAGAACUGGGAGAUGGUAACGAGGAUCAAGUACUUGGGAACUAUGCUAUUUCUUCAAAACUUUGAGAAGGCCAUGCACUGGUUAUGGGUGGUUUUGCGUGCUAGUCGGUCAUUUUUCUCUUUUCUUAAUCUACCAUUGGCAGGACCACUUAUGGAACUUCUGGAAUUCCUCUUUCCAAUUUGGAAUAUAUUUAGUGAAUUAAUAGAAAGCAUGUUUUCGAUCAUAUGUAUUGUGAUUGGUUUUGUCUACAGUUUACUGGAUGAUUUCAUGGAUGUUGUACUAAUGCCUAUAUGGUUCAUUAUCUCAGUUCUCAGUAACAUUGCAACUUCCGUCCUGUAUCCCAUGUUUUUGAUUGUUUGGGAAAUGCUGUAUGCCCCGAUCCGCCUGGUCCUUGCAUUAGCCAGUUUUUUGGCCAAUGUGUGUGCCUUCAUCAUUGAUUUUGUUGGAGAUAUAUGGGAGUUUUUAAGUAGCAUGAUAGAGGUUGCUUCAGAAGCGGAAGCAACAGUGCACAGCGCUCAGGAAGUUUCUAUGUGGCGUUCACUUUGGAGUGACCUCUUAUCCCAGGUUAAAAUAUAUAUAUAA